CGGCGGGACCGGCUCUGUCGGCGAGGCGGCCGCCAUCGCAGCCGGUAACGGUGGGGGUAGCUGCUGGGCGAUCGCAAGCUGCGGUUGAAAUAACGGAGAGGGGAGAGACGGUGGCAGGGAGAUGCUGCCAUGGCUACAAGGAUUUCUUUGCAUCCAGAGGCAUCUUACUCUUCAUUGGAACAUAGGAGGUAUAUUGUAACUUCAGAUAAAGGCAGUAUGAGACGCCCAACAGCUAAGUAUACUAAAAUGGGAGAACGAUUACGACAUGUUAUCCCUGGUCAAAUGCAGUGCUCUAUGGCAUGUGGUGGUCGAGCAUGCAAGUAUGAGAAUCCAUCCCGAUGGAGUGAAGAGGAACAAGCCCUUAAAGGCUUAUACUCUUCAUGGAUUACAGACAACAUAUUGGCAAUGGCUCGUCCCUCCACAGAAAUUAUUGAAAAAUAUGGUAUUAUUGAACAAUUUAAAAGGCGUGGCAUAAAGACAGUAAUUAAUCUUCAACGUCCUGGGGAACAUGCACGCUGUGGUAAUCCUUUGGAGACAGAGAGUGGCUUUACGUACCUACCAGAGGUAUUCAUGGAGGCUGGAAUAUAUUUUUACAAUUUUGGAUGGAAAGACUACGGUGUGGCUUCUCUCACUACUAUCCUUGAUAUGGUCAAAGUUAUAGCUUUUGCUCUACAAGAAGGAAAACUGGCUAUUCACUGCCAUGCAGGACUUGGAAGGACAGGAGUCUUAACAGCUUGCUACCUGGUUUAUGCGACAAGAAUGAGUGCAGACCAAGCAAUACUUUUUGUUCGUGCUAAAAGAGCAAAUGCAAUUCAGACCCGUGGGCAGUUGAUGUGUAUCCGGGAAUUUUCCCAAUUUCUAAUUCCAUUGCGAAAUGUUUUCUCCUGCUGUGACCCAAGAGUGCACGCUGUUACAGUUUCUCAGUAUCUCAUCCGUCAGCGCCAUCUACUCCAUGGUUAUGAAGCCCGCCAACUUAAACAUGUACCAAAAAUAAUUCACUUGGCAUGUAAAUUGUUACUGGACUUUGCAGAAAACAAGCAAUUGAUUGAGGAAGAUAGUGUUGAAAUCCCUGAUCUUUCAGCAGAAAUUGAAAGGACUGUCUCACAGAUGGCUAUAAUUCAACUGGAUAAAAAAUUAGAUAGCCAAGGCUUUGAUAUGGGGGAUCAUUUUGAGCACACCAUGGUAUCGGCAACAGAACUUGUUCCUAAUGAUUCAGUACUGGUUAGUGAGCAAAAAUUUGACCCUCUGUUCAAAUACCAUAAUGCAGAUGUUCUUCAACCUUUGUCCCAGCUGAAAAAGCGCUUCAGCUACAGUGAGUCAGACCUUCAGAGAACUGAACUCUUUGCUGAGCAAAGUGAGGCAUCUUUUACAGCACCUGCACAAAGCACUUUCUCUGGCCAUCAGCAAAGUUUGCCUCAGCUUAAUCUCAGACAACCCAGUCCAGAAUGGAUGGAUACCAACCAGAUCAGCUCAUCUAUUCUGAAAGUACCAGAACUAUGUCUUAUUAAGCAAAGUCCUUCCAUUACGGUAAAGUCCAGUCCCUGGGAAUGUCAAAAUUCAUGUAAUGCAAGUGACCAAAAGAUAGAGUCUCCUCUUUUUCUGAGGAGGAAACUGCCAAAGGAGAUCCAUAGAACAUUUUCCUUAAGGUCAUCAACUACAGCUGCUGCACUGAAAUAUUUGAUCUCUGAGACACCCGAUACAGUUAUCGCUUCUUCUUGUGUUACUAAUAACAUUAAUGAGGAGAAAUGUCCCAAGGUAAACACAUCGAGUAAUCAGAAUGCUGGUGCAACUAAGGAAAAUAUUUCCCCUUCUCCACUCUGCAAAACAACUAUAGAUAAAACCUCACAAAAUGAUAAAAACAUGUUUCUGAUUGAGGAUGAAGAAAGAAAAUCUAACAGCUCCAAGGAAGGUAUUCCACAUAUUUCCUUACUGUCAGAAAUGAGCAUUGAAGAAAGAAGAUUAGCAGCGGGAAAAGCUCUGGCAUUUUGCAUGGAUUUUGAUGAAGAUCUCAUAGAUAAAGUUGAAACCUGGCAACAUGAAUUAAAUGUCCGAGAAGGAACUUGGGAAAGGAUCUGUAUGGAGAAGAAUCCUUAUGUGUUGUGCAGUCUUAUGUGGUCCUGGCUUGAACAGCUGAAAGAACCUGUUAUAAGUAGGGCAGAUAUAGAAGCCCUAGCACAUAAAUAUAUGGAUCCCAAUAAAGCUCUUUACUCACUAGAAAAGAAUCAAUAUCAGUCACUGCUUUGCAUUCUUGAUUGCAUGGCACAAUUGCGUGACUUGCCAUUUGAUGUAGAAGAUGCUAUACUUACUCGGGCAAUUAGAGCUUUUACAAAGGUCAGUUUUGAUGCUGAUGAGGGUCCUGAAGUUUACAAUACGCUCAAGAAAAUUUUAAAGUCAAUGUUACAAGAAAAACAAGCCAAACUUGCAGAUUGCAAAAUUACUAAUGAUUGUGAACAAAAUAUAGGUUUUCAAAUAUCUUGAGUAAGAAUUUAGUUUUUUUUGUUCUUGUUAUUAUUCCCCAGAAGGUUAAAGACGAAAGUGAGUAUUAUAGAAGCUCUAUAUUGUAAAUUAGGGGGUUAUAAUUAUGCAGUAUUUUAGAUCAGAGUGAAUUUAAAUACACACACUUGAUUGUUGUCAUAUUGUAAUUUUUAGAAAAAUAUAUAAUUUGGUUUUAAAAACCAAGGUUUAUAAAUGGGGAAAAAAAACUUGAUUUUGAACUUGAACAUGAACUAGGCACCAAAUUAGAAUGAGGUGUAUUUGUUUAAAGAAAAUGCUUUGAUUUCAAGUGCCAUGUAUAAAUGUGGUAAGAUGUUUUCAUUUUAAGUCAUUUAAUGUUUACACUAAUAUUGUCUGAAAUAUACCAUGCUUUAUGUGCAGAAUAUUUUUAUGUCAGAUUUGUUUAAUGUUAUAAUUCAAUGUUAAAUAAGUAAUUAUACUAGAAAAUGUAUGAAGAUAGAACUUUUGAUGGUUUAGACUGGCUUUAAGAAUUCUUAAUAAGUACAUUCCCAAGCAACUCUGAUUUGUUAUAAUAAUUCAACUUUUAAUUUAUUUUAAGUAUCAAAAAAUGUGUAAGUAAGAUAUUAAUAAAUGAGUUUAAAAUGUGUUGUG